CGUUGCCGUGGCGACGGGCACAGCGGCCUGGUCCCGCUGGAGGCGCCGGCCGCUGCCGCACCGGCCUCAGCCGGAGGCCCCCCUGCCCGCCCGGGCAUGAGGCGGGCACGGGGCCGCUCUCAGCCGCUUCUGCGGGGAGAAGAUGAAUAUCUGCAAUAAACCUCCUAAUAAGACAGCUCCAGAGAAUUUUGGCGAAGCUGUUCCUGAGGUGCAGGUCCAACGCGCUCGAAGGAAUGGCUGGAGCUGGCCUCUGCACCUUUUCCAGAUUAUUGCCUGGUUGCUGUACCUCUUCUUUGCACUGGUUGGCUUUGGAAUCCUGGUUCCUCUCCUGCCCCGCCACUGGCUGCCUGCUGGCUAUAUCUGUCCAGGAGUGUUUUUUAUCUACCAUUUAGUUGUUCAUCUUACUGCAGUCUCUGUUGAUCCUGCUGAUGCAAAUGUGCGGGAAAAAAACUAUCUAGGGCCUCUGGCCACCUUCAAUCGUAAUCAACAUGCACACGUCAUUGAAAACCACCAUUGCCAUGUCUGUGAUGUAGAUGUGAGUGCCAAGUCAAAGCACUGUGGAACUUGCAACAAGUGUGUGUGUGGCUUUGAUCACCACUGCAAAUGGCUCAAUAACUGUGUGGGAGAGAGGAAUUACUGGCUCUUUUUGAAUAGCGUGCUAUCUACCAUUCUGGGUCUUGGGCUUCUGCUGCUCAUCGCUUGCUACGUCUUUGUGGAGUUCUUCAUUGACCCCAUGAUGCUUCGCUCCGACCGGCACUUUGAUGCUCUAAAGAACCACACGGACUGCUGGUUUGUGUUUCUUCCUGCAGCUCCUGUUGAGACUCAGGCAUCUGCCGUUUUGGUCACGGCUGGGAUUUUUAUUCUUCUGAGCCUAAUGACUGUGAUCCUGCUAGGCCAUCUCUUGACCUUUCACAUCUAUCUUAUGUGGAACAAAUUGACUACAUAUGAGUACAUCCUGCAGCAGCGUCCCCAGCAAGAGGCGAAAGAGGUAGCCAAGCAACUGGAGUCUUGUCCCGCCCAAGUGAGACCCAGUCAGCAAGCAGACUUUUUUCCAGGUAACCCUGGCUAUACAGAGCCUGGUAUUCAAGCAGAGGAAUUCUCAACAGUAACUUCAGGAAAAGGCUUUUCAAAGCUCUUUGUCCGCAAAGAUGAAGCUGAUUCCCAGCAGAGCUCUUCUCCUGACCUCCCAUCUCUUCGCUUUGCAGUCCCUUCUCAGCAACAGAAAAAAAGAAGAAAGACGACGCAUAAAGCUUCUUCCUCAGCAGUGGACAGCAAAUCUAAAAUGUACACUAGACCUUGGCCCUCUUUCCCAGAUUCCCAGUCAGAGUUCCCAGCUGUGGCUGCUGCCACCUCAUCUUCCCACAGCCUUCGCCUCUUAGUGCCAGCUUUUCCUCUGAGAGCUGCUGUGCUCCCUAGCAGCAUCGGACUCAUCCAGGCAGUGGGACCCCCAGCUGAUUUUCGCUCAGAGUCUGCUGAGUCCAUGGAUGAGAUUCCUGUGGCUCAGACUCGCCUUGGGAGCACGGCCCUUCAUAGGCCUCUAAAGAAUAACUCAAGCAACACUCAACACUAUCCCUUGUCCACAGACAAUCCCAGAGGUGACAGGAAGAAAAAUCAGUAUUCUGGGCAUAAGGUGAAAAAGAAAAGCUGCCAGCAAGACGGAUGCAUGGAACAAGACCUGGAACUUUUUUCUAAGAUUCCUGCUGUGUUUGUAAGUAAGAGCAGUGGAGAACCUCAUGUCUCUCAGCCCCAGCCCACUGAGAGCACAUCCGAGCCUCACCACAGAAAAUGCACCAGCAAGCAGCAUGUGGGCAGACAUGAUCCAUGCUUUAAGGACAUAAAGACAAAUACCACAGUGGCCUAGUGAUCAGCGUUCCAAAGCCAUAGCCUUUGAGGACAAGGCAAGAGGUUCUCUUUCUAUUUGUAUGUUGCUGUUCAAAGAUCUUGACUACAGUGACUCAUCUUUUUCUCUGGAGGCAGCGGCAUCCCCUUACCUGAUGCUGUCCAUCUUCCAGCAGAACUAGCUGAGAGGCAGUAAAAACCCCGCUGCAUCCUUGUUUCUGGCUGCUGCCUCUUCCUAAGCCAGGAGUGCCCUCGAGCCCAAUUCCACUCUCCAUGUUGAGGGGGAAUAGUUUCCCCUGAUAGGGAUGUGCCCAGGGCUGCCACCUGUUAAGAACUGAAGCAUUUGUACUCCAUAGAGUGCUGAGGGAACUCCCCCCUGCUCUGUGUGCUUGCUAUCAGACUGCAGUGAGACAUUUCUCAUGUGUGACCAAAGGCAAGAGGCAAUAAGGUGGCAAACCUGAGGUAGGUGUGAUGCUAGAGAGAACUGAAGUAGAGUGCUUUCCAUAGGAAGGGACUGCACCCUCCUGGCCCUCUGCAUGUUAGUAUUGCAGUAACUUUCUGGGAGAGUGCGUGGGGAAAAAUGAGGCUGCAUCUCUGCUGUUCCCUGCACCCUGAAAACUAAAUUUACCAUCUGCCUACACCCUGUCAGUCUUUGGAUCAUGUGCUAGGACUUCAGCAGGUGGUCAGGGAGUAACCUCAGGAUUGCCCUGUCCCUAUACUGCUUUCUACUGUGCACCCUCAAGCCAAGUUCACCAGCAUGUGUUAUGUAAGGCAGUGUAGUGUGACCUGCUCCACCUUCCAGCAGCCUAGGGUGCCCCACAGUGCAGCUUUCUCAUCAGAAGUUCUGGGAUACAGCAGGUCCUGAAACCUUUACAUUUCCUGGGCUGACAUUUCCAGAUCCACGUUAGUCCACAGCUAAGCCUGGUGUUUCUGAAGAAAAGUCCCGCACCAGACACUGGGCCAGGUAGCCAGUGCCUCGUGUCACAGCACCCUGUGCUGGUGGUGAGAAGCAGAGCCAUUUGGGCUGCCACACUACAGCACCUCGGCUUUCCCUGCCCUCUUGGCUUCCUCAGGCAGUGUGCCCCGCUUCAAAUUCCUGGCUCAGCUCUGAGGCCGGGGCUGCCAGCAAGCCCAGAUCUGCCCAGCAGCCAGCUAACCUCAGAGCCUGGGAUAGCAGCUACACACACAUCCCAGUGGGCCUUGCCGCCGGUAUGGAUGUGCCUGACACAGUUUGUCAUUUGAGAGCUGCAGCACCUGCGCAGCCCCUGCCUCCCCGGCAUGGCCGGUGCCCUGAGCAGCUGGCUUGGCUGGUUGCACCGUUUCUGGACAGGGCCCUGGCGCUGCCCGUUGCUGAUGUGUGUGAACACAUAGGUGCACCAGCAGAGGAGAGGAAUCCUGGGAAGCCUUUAUCACCUUAGCAAGUGUUUUGAUGCAUGGAAACCACAAACAACCCUUUCUCCACACUACAGUGGGUGCAGGUUGGGAAAGGACAAGACAAAGCAUGGUCCUAUGUGAGUCGAGCUAAGCUGUUCCUCCCCUUGCCUAGCUCAGUCUGCAAGCAUUCAUCAGAAAUGGUUCAGAACAGGACAGGAUAUCUGGGGACAAAUGCUCUUUGGGCACAGCCAACAUGGGACUGGCAGGCUGGACUCCCAGCUUUGAUGUAUGCACUUCCCAGCCCAGCUGUUGCCUCUCAUCCCAGUGCUUACCUUGGCUUCUGUGCUGCUCUGAGGUGCAUGCAAAGUCCACUUCCCCAGGAGCUUUAGGCCCAGACAAUUUUCCUUUGGGAGAGCUCGUUUCAGUAGAGAGAGGCAGGAAGGCACCUGCUGUAUGUUGGAAGCCGCUGCCCAUUCCAGUAGCACUCCUGAAUGCCAGCAGCUGGCCCAGCUCCCUCGGGAAGCACCCCAGGACUAUCGCCUGGCCAACACCAUGCUGUGUGGGGCUCAUGCAGCAGACAUCUCAAGUAGUGCCUGCCUUCACGGAGAAGGCAAAGUGCUGCAGCUGCUCCUGAAAACACAUGAUCCUUGCAGAGCUGAAGCUGGACUAGGGAAGUCCUCCCUUUGCUGAAGGAUUUGUGGGGUAAGUGUGGUUCAUAGACAGGACCAUCCAGGCUGAGCACUCCCUGGAACAGUCCUUGGGAAAUUCUGGCAAGGUGGCGUAGAUACGAUCACUGACUUCAGGCUUCUUUAAAGGGCUGUCUUACCAUCCUUCUCUGUUGUCUGAUUUUUGACCCUUGAAAGAACUGGAAUGAGGAGCUUUGACUCUCCAUCCAAUCAUGUGAGCCAUUGAUCAGCAAAAUUGAAGUCUCAUGUGGCUGUUGAAGUCAUUAUGUCUAAAUCUGCAGGGAGAGUUGGCCCGUGGUCACAUUCCGUGCGGCUUCCCUUGCUGCUGCGGCCAGUGGUACCCGCUGGCAGUGUGACCCUUUGGAAAAGCAGGCGUGUGUGGGACAAAUCCUCGUGGACCAGCAGGCAUGGCACUGCUUGUCUGCAGAGACCAGGGCAUCUGCUCGCUGAUGGACCCUGGUUAAAGGCCUUCCAGUUAUUUCUCCUCAUGUCUGCUAUGGUCCAAGGGAACUACACCCUGCAGUAACGCUGGGCUCAGGGUUUUCAAAGGCCAGCUGUUCCUCCACCCAGAAAGCAUUGGUAAUUUCUCUCCAGCAGGUGCCCCUGAGCAGACCUCAUGUGUUUUCUUACCUUUUGUCCAUGCAGAACCUGUCCCAAAGUCAUGUAUGGAGCUCUUUAGUAGCUCUGUCCACAAUAAAAUUUUCUAUGCCCUUUGCUAAA